AUGGUAUCCUCUUCCGCUUCAUCUGCUAUUCUCUUACGCCUCACCUGCCAUCCUCUUCCGCUUCACCUGCCAUCCUCUUCAGCCUCACCUGCCAUCCUCUUCAGCCUCACUUGCCAUCCUCUUCAGCCUCACCUGAUAUCUUUUUUCCGCCUCACCUGCCAUCCUCUUCUAUCUCACCUGCUAUCCUCUUCCGAUUCACCUGAUAUACCAUUCCACCACACCUGCUAUCUUCUUCCGCCUCAACUGCCAUCCUCUUCCGCUUCACCUGCCAUCCACUUCUGCCUUACCUGCUAUCCUCUUCCGAUUCACCUGCUAUACUAUUCCACCUCACCUGCUAUCUUCUUCCGCCUCACCUGCCAUCCUCUUCCGCCUCACCUGCCAUCCUCUUCCGCCUCACCUGCUAUCUUCUUCUACCUAACCUGCCAUCCUCUUCCGCUUCACCUGCCAUCCUCUUCUACCUCACCUGCUAUCCUCUUCCGCUUCACCUGCUAUACUAUUCCACCUCACCUGCUAUCUUCUUUCGCCUCACAUGCUAUCUUCUUCCGCCUCACCUGCCAUUCUCUUCCGCCUCACCUGCUAUCUUCUUCUAGCUCACCUGCCAUCCUCUUCCGCUUCACCUGCCAUCCUCUUCUACCUCACAUGCCAUCCUCUUCCGCUUCACCUGCUAUACUAUUCCACCUCACCUGCUAUCUCCUUCCGCCUCACCUGUCAUCCUCUUCCACCUCACCUGUCAUCCUCCUCCGACUCACCUGCCAUCCUCUUCCACCUCACCUGCUAUCUUCUUCUGCCUCACCUGCUAUCCUCUUCCGCUUCACCUGCCAUCCUCUUCUACCUCACCUGCUAUCCUCUUCCGCUUCACCUGCUAUCUUCUUCCGCCUCACAUGCUAUCUUCUUCCGCCUCACCUGCCAUCCUCUUCCGCUUCACCUGCCAUCCUCUUCCACUUCACCUCACCUGCCAUCCUCUUCAGCCUCACCUGCCAUCCUCUUCUGCCUUACCUGACAUCCUCUUCCGCCUCACCUGCUAUCUUCUUCUGCCUCACCUGUUAUCUUCUUCCGCCUCACCUGCCUUCCUCUUCCGCUUCACCUGCCAUCCUCUUCUACCUCACCUGCCAUCCUCUUCAGCCUCACCUGCCAUCCUCUUCUGCCUUACCUGACAUCCUCUUCCGCCUCACCUGCUAUCUUCUUCUGCCUUACCUGCUAUCCUCCUCCACUUCAUCUGCCAUCCUCUUCUACCUCACCUGCUAA